AUGCGCGACAAACAGGCCAAAGAUGCCCAGACCGAGCUUGAGGGUCUCCACUGUGAGCACAUGAGCGCUCUCGAGGCCUUGAAAAGGCGAGAUGAACAGAAUGAGAUGACCGAGCCAGAUGUUGAUCAGGAAGAAGGUCUAGACGUGGAUUCGCUCGAGGAAAACGACGGCAAGCAGCACCCACGGGAUGAGCCGUUGCAGUGGCAAGAUUUACUAAAAGAGGACAUCCAGGUGAACAUUGCUGAUGGGGUUGAGGAAUGCGAUGCGGCUACAAAAGAAGAACGUGCAGCAUUCCUUCGGGCCAUCAGUGCGCAUACAAGUCCGACCAUCUCUGGGUUGAAGUGUUGGCUCUGCCACUUCGAUCGAACAAUGUCGCAGGCCAUCAAAGACACGAAAUGGAACCGUGCGCAACUCGAGAAACAUAUGCAAGAAAAGGUUCACACGCGCCGCGAAGAGCUUAUAAACGCGUUCAACGAGUUGAAGAUUGCCGGAUGCACAGGGAGCGCGUCAUGUCCCUUGUGCCCAGACUGGUCGUACAAGACCGCAGCUAAGUGGCUGGUUCACGUUGAGCGUCAUCAUCAAGAGGAGCUGUGGUUGAUGGAGGAGGAUGAUGGGGAAGAGAACAAUGACGAUGAGGACUCCGAUUUUGAGAACUUGUGA